AUGGAGCCCGCCGCGGCCUGGAGCAACCUCUCGCGCGGCGGCAAUGACACCGCGGCGGCGGCCGGGUGGGCGGCGGCGGCGGCGCUGGCCUCGCAGGCGCUGGCGCUGCUGCUCAUCUUCGCCCUGUCGGCGCUGGGCAACGGCGCCGUGGUGCUGGUGAUCGCCCGGCACCGGCAGCUCCGCACGGUCACCAACGCCUUCGUGCUGUCGCUGUCGCUGUCGGAGCUGCUGGGCGCCCUGCUCUGCCUGCCCCUGGCCUUCCUCAGCCUCCUGAGCCGCCCGCCCGGCGCCUGGCUCUUCGGGCAGCGCCUGUGCCUGGCCAGCGCCGCCCUGCACGCCGGGCUGGGCAUCGCCGCCACCCUCACCAUGGCGCUGCUCUCCUUCGACCGCUACUGCGCCAUCGUCCGCCAGCCGCGCCACAAGAUGGGCCGCCGCCGCGCCGCCCAGCUCCUGGCCGCCGUCUGGCUGGCGGCCCUGGCCCUCGCCGGGCCCUGGUACGGCCUGGCAGGCGAGGGGCGGCGGGAGGCCCGGCCCGGCGCCUACCGCUGCGUCUACGUGCUGCCCUGGGGCUCGUCCCGCCUGGGGCCGCCCUACGGCGCCGCCCUCAUCGUGCUCUGCUACCUGCUGCCCUUCGCCCUCAUGUGCUUCUGCCACUACAACAUCUGCCGGGCCGUGCGGCUGGCCGAGAGCCGCGUGCGGCCCCUCACCACCUACGGGCACCUGCUGCGCGCCUACGGCGAGAUGCGCACGGCCACCACCGUCCUCAUCAUGAUCGUCUCCAUCAUCUGCUGCUGGGGGCCCUACUGCGUGCUGGGGCUGGCCGCCGCCGCCGGCUGCCUGCCCUUCUCGCCCACCAUGGACGCCGUGGCCAGCGGGAUGGCCUGGGCCAACGGCGCCAUCAACCCCCUCAUCUACGCCGCCCGCAACCCCAACAUCUCCGUGCUGCUGCGGCGCAGCCGCGAGGGCGGCUACAGGACUAGGAACAACGUGGCCGCCUACCUCUCCGCCCCGGGCCGCCGGCCGGAGCCCCGGGGCAGGGCCGAGCGUGUCCGCGAGCGCUACGUCAACCGGCCCGGCGGCCCCCUGGGCAGCGCCCCAUCCUCCUCCAGCCCGGCCAGCGGGGCAGAGGUGGCCAUGUGGGCCUGCAAGAACCCGGCCGUCCUCUUCUGCCGGGACGGGCAGCCCGACACCAUCUCGGAGGCCACCUUGCAGGCCAAAGCGGACACGAUCGACACCAGCCUCUGAAGGGAUCAGGGUGCCCGGACACAGAGAGGGGGUUCAGCUGCGGGGUCGUCUCCCUGAGGAGACCUGGCGUUUGGGGCUGUUUGCAGCCAGCUUAGCCAGGAAAAUGGCAAGAUAGGACUGCCGGAGCCACGGUGUGAUGUAUAUACAUGCUUUUUCCAUCGUAUGAGCCCUGGUUUGGUGACCGGGUCUGCACGUAGGUGAAGAGGGGUCUGCGGGGAAGGAGAUUCCCCCCAUCCCUUUCCACAUGUCGGACACCCUAGCAAGAGAAGCUAAACGGAGCCGGCGUGAGAGCCGGACUGCAGGAACGAAGCAGCGAUCGCUCCGGUUCUCCAGAAAGUGCCCGAGGGAGGCUGAGAGACAGACGCACGGAUACAGCCCCAGCCAACAGACUGCUGUGAGCUGUUUGCCAAGUGCCAAAACAGCGACCGGGAGCUGCACGCUGACUGCCGAAAAACGCUUGGAAAAACACCGCGCUGUGAAAAUGCAGCGUGCCAGGAAAAUGUUGCUUUAACCCAAAAGACGUGGAAGCGAAGAAAGUCACAGCCUGUAGGACAGAUUUAAAAAGUGAUGUUAUGAUCCUUUUUUUAAAAAAAAAAACAAAAAAAACCCCAAAAAAACCAAAACUCCUCCCAAAACAGCAAUUGCUGUGAUAGAUGUCUACAGACACGGAAAACGUGCUACUGGGAGGGAGGGAAAGGAAGAUGAAACUUCAGCAGUUAGAAUUUCAGCAGCCUUUUCUUUUUUUUUUUCCUUUUACAGGUCCUAUCAGCUUAAAAAUACUAAGAAUAUGAGAAAUAAGAGCUCUGCAGACAAAACUGAGGAAAAGGGUGCGGGUGUGGACUCUGGUAUCACUGGGUUUGUGCACAGGAUGCACGUUUUCUUUUGAGAUCAUUUCACAUCUCUAAAACACUUUAACCGUAUUUAGAGGAGCCGUGCGGGAGAGGUUUGUUCUAGAAGAGGAAGAUUGAAACAGUCCCAAGACCUGCGGUAGGAUCGCGGUUGACGGGCUGCAGCCUUGUGAGAUGCCUUGCCUGGGCAGCCACAUUGCCCUGCCACAGACCCCAUCAAAACCAGCACGUGCGUCAAAAGUUGCAAUGAAGAAAAGAACAACAUGGUAAAACCACAGCUCUUGACAACUCUGUUCAGAGUGGUAUUUCACAGCUUUCACACGGCACACAGACCCCCAUGGCCUUGAGGUAGUUCUGCUUACAAAUUUGCAAUGACGAUGAACAGCAAAGCAUCCGAGAAGAAACAAAACAAAACACAAGCAAAAAGGACCUUGCUAAGAGACAGAAGUUUCUUGGAGGUGCUGCUCCCGUGCGUCCAUCAAAAAAAAGAAAGAAAGAAAAAGGAAAAAAAGAAAGGAAAAACGGGGGGAAAAAAAGAAAAAGGAGUGAAAAAGGGAAAAAGGGAAAAAAUGGAAAAGGGGAAAAUGGAAAAGGGGGGAAGGAAAAAAGGAAAAGGGGAAAAGGGAAUGGGAGAAAAAGGGAAAAAAGGGAAAAAGGGGAAAAGGGAAGAAAGGGAAGAAGGGAAAAGGGGGAAGAAAGGAAAAGGGAAAAAGAGAAAAGGGAAAAAAGGAAAAAGGGAAAAAGGGAAAAGGAAAAAGGGAAAAAGGGAAAAGGGGAAAAGGGGAAAAGAGAAAAGGGGGAAAAUGGAAAAAGGUAAGGGAAAAGGGAAAAAAGGGAAAAAGAAAAAAGAAAGGAAGAAAGGAAAAGAAAGAAGGAAAUAGUAAAAAGGAAAAAAGAA